CCGCUGUGAAACGAAAAAAAAUGGAGACAAGCAAGAAGAUCGUUUGUAUACUCUGUAAAAAGUCUGGAGAGACAACAAUUACUGGACCUUUGUCGACUAAAGAAUGUAUCACGGCUCAUCAGAACUGCCUGUUGUAUUCCUCUGGGAUUUGUUGCCAGAAUUCCCCAGAGUUUGACGAUUUGUUCGGUUUCUCUGUGGAAGAUGUGAUAACUGAGGUGAAACGAGGAAGAAAACUGCAUUGUUACCACUGCAAGAAAAACGGUGCCACUGCUGGUUGUGAAAACAAACGUUGCAGGAAGACCUACCAUUACCCGUGUGCCGUCCAAGUGGGAGCCAAGAUUAUUGAGGAGGAAGCAAAAGGGGAAUAUACGUUGUACUGCUCCGUACAUGGUGUCCAAGUAGAAGGAAGUAAUGAUACUGGAGAUGGACAUGACACUUCCUUCAGAGAGGUCGGUUCUUCUGAAAGAGCCAGUGAAGCUGGAUCGCCUAAGGUUUGUUGCCUCACCUGUGAGAAGAAAGAAGGAAAUGUCAGCUUGGAGAGUCUGAAUAAUAAUAUUAUCAUGAUGUACUGUGACAUACAUGCGCCUUCGUCUCAUAGGAACAGUGAGAACACACCCAGACUGGACUCCUUCAUGAAAACGGGAUUGAAUUUAAAGAGAAAACUGAACUUGAACCAUGGACAUGAAGGCAGAGCCUCCAAACGUACCCGUGAAAACUGGAGGAAGAGGCUGUGCAGUGAUUCAGAAGAGGAGAAACCAAAUUUAGAACUCGCCCCAAUCGAAUCUGACCCAGAUGAGGGUCCAAGCACUGUGUCGGCACUCCAGCGUAUCAGACGCAAUGCUGAGGGUUCCACAUCAGGAAAUGGGCUGUCGGCUGAGGACACGGACGAUGAUGAAACGUUCAUAGAAUCGGAUGCCGACUCAGACAGUGUUGUGGAAGAGGCCGUCUGCAUGGAAUCUGACAGGCAGCGAACAGCAGGGUGCAGUCCUAUGCGGAAUCCAAGCAAACACAUUAAAUCGGACCACAAUCCUGGUUCUCAUUCUGCGGAGACCAGUCCACCUCCUGAUAUCUCCGACCCUGCUCCACUUCCAUCCCAGGGACCAGCUGGUUCACAGUCUCCGUGUCCCACCAUCUCUAUCCCCACCCACUGCUCGCCCACUCCGUCCUUGCACUCGCUCCCUCCUUCUCCUGUUUCCCUUCACUCGGUUCCAGAACUCACCCUCGACGCCACCAGCUUCUGGAAAAGCUGCAACGCAGCUGGCUGCACAGAGGCCAUCUUCUCUGAAUUUAUCAGAGACAUGAACCGGAUCUUCAGCAGGAUUCAGUGCGAUCAGGCCAGCCAGGAGGAUUAUAAUGUUGCCCUAAAAGUGAUCAUGUCAUCUGGUAAACUGACAGAUCUUGUGUCCAAGCAACACACAGAGUUGAAAAAGAAACAGCUUGAGCUACAAAAUGCAGCAGGAGCUAUGCAGAAGAUCAUGUCAGCACUGAGAUGAGUCCAGACACACGGGCGGCUAAAAACUACAAAUCAGGG